UCAGCCUAACCCUAUUACAGUCAUAGCACUAUUCACAACUCAAUUGAAGUUUGCCUUCAUGAACCCAAACGACAAGAACAACGAUUCUAGUGCUGCGGCAACACGAACGUUGCCGGCGAAUACCGAUUACACACUGAAUGGAGGACUAUCAGACGAACAAUUGGAUCGCAACUUUAGGAAGCACGUGGAUGUUGUUAAGGCGCUCGUCUCACAGCAUUCGCAGAUGAGGGAUCACAAGCUGUGCGCCAAGUGGCUAAGUAUUCUAUGGCGCACCUCCACGGAGGAGAAGUUAGCGCGCAACUGUCUUAUUGUGCUGAUGAUGGCGCAGCUCAAAAGGGAAAAUGUGCUCUCCUUUCCUUUCAACGUCGUCAGCAAUUUCAAUCGAGAUGUGCGUUGUGUGCUCAAAGAUUAUAACCAUCGGCAAAGGCGACAGGGAACCGAAGCUCGCAGCACGAAAAACUCCCACAUGGAGCCACUUGGCAGUCCCAUAGAGGUGCGGGUACCGGAGCCCUCAACGGCUAGUUCGGAGGUGGUUCCACUCUAUGUGAAAAAACGAGAAAGUGAAAUGGAAAUCAAUUUGAAUGACGAUGUCGUCACCAUAAAGAUUGAGCCCGGCAAACGGACAAUGACCAUACAACAAAAGGAUUCGCGAGCAUCAUGCGCUUCCGUUGCUCCUCAAGCAGCACGAGCUGAACGUGAUCUUCAGGAACGAGACCUCAAAAUGCAGAUGAUCGAGCGACGCAAGACCGAAGAACGAGAGCAGCGCAUCAAACGGGAACGGAAGCGAGAACUGCAGCGGAGAACUGAAGUUCAAGACAGGCGCUUUGAGGAUCUGCAGCUGCAGAAAGGACGCAUCCGAAACGAGAGGGAGCACAACGAGCUGCUGAUUAAGGUGCAACAGCGACGCGAGGAGGAGCGACUUCGUCUUGAGCGCCGAAAGUCUGAGCAACAAGGAGGACGAGUUGGAGUGUCUUGGGAUGAGCAGAUGCAGUGUCAAGAGGAAGAGCUGAAGAGGAGCCGCAAGGAGGAAAGAAGACGUCAGAGGAUUGCUACGAUUAACAAGAGUGAAACAACUACCCGAGACAGGCGAAGAAACUCCGUCUGUGAAGAGAUCAUGAAGAGACGCAAGCAACUUAAAAGCUCGGAGCAACGGAUUCAGGAUAUUAGCAUUGGAGUCAUGGAACGGGAUUCUCAAGAAAAACUUCGGCAAAUGAAGUUUCUAAUGAGGCAACAACGAAUCGCGGAACUCGAUAAGAAAGAGCGCAACUUGACUGCAGAGUUGGACAAGCUCCUGAGAGAACAAGAAGAACGCGAUCGUCAGAGAUCUGAAUGCGAUAAAUAUAAGGGAUCUGAAUUAAUGAAUGAAUUGGAAAUGUUUGAAGCGCAACGUGAAAAACGCAGAAAAGAUGCCGAGCGCGAUGCCGAAGAACUGAGGAACAUUGAUGAGCGUCUGAAGAAAGUGGAGCGCAGAAGACUGAGACAUCAACGCGAAGAAGAGUUGCUUAAAAGAGAGCGAGACGAACUCGAGAAGCUCAUAGGUAACAAUGUAGAUCGGCAAGAGUUAGAAGCAGAUCGAAUGGCAAGACAAACGGAAGAGGAACUUGAAGGUCACCAAGUCGAGAAGAUAGAAAGAAAAAGAAAAGAUGGAGCAACAAAGCAGCGAAGAGGAGAAGUUGAAAUAGAGAAGAUAGCAAGGGAAAAGGAAAAAGCAGAACGCGACAUGGAAAAGCAAGUUGGGCAAAAAGAGGAAUUAUGCAACGAUGGUUAUUCGCUAAUAAAUACGCAAUGGAAAAACCCCGGUGUAGUCCGCAAGACCAGUAAGAAGUUAUGGCAGGAAUAUAACAAGAAAUCCGUACCAAAAACUGGAGAAGAGCAGCAAAUGGAGAAGCGAGAGCAGCAGCAAGAAGAGCGAAUAGAGAAUCCUUCAGAGACUGCUCUAGAUCAGUUGUCUAGGGUGCAAAAUGAAUCCGUUUUUCAAGUGCCAUCGCACCAAGUGCGCUUCAAGCGACAGGUAUCGGAGCAACUCAGUAGAUUGAAGGUUUGCCAGCGGAAGGUCCUCGAGAUUGUAGCGCUGAAGAAGCUGCUGAAGAAGGAGAUCAGAGCACGUAACAAGAUGCUGCAAUGGCUACAUGCGCCAGGCAAUGAAGAGCUGAAUACCGCACGGAUGGAGGCGGGCCUCGAUGCCAUGCUGUCGUCGGCUACCAAGAAUAGUUCUACCUCAGAUCUGGCGUGCUGUGGCUGUAAUGGAUUAUCAUCGGAUAUGGCUGAGGUGGGAGUUUUUAAUAUUGACAAUGAGGAGGAGAUGCAGCCGCAGUCAAAGCUGUUCUUUAAUCCACCGAUCUCGAAGGUUUUCGCUAUGUCCUCAAAGAAAACAAACGAGGAGCCAGUGGCAAUCACUUCAGGAAGAUUCACUGAUAUGACUGAAGCACCUUCGCUCAGCUUUCAUCGGCGUUCCAAAGCUCGGCAUCAUAAUUAUAACAAUAUUCCCGCUCGGGAUUUCUCUAGUAGCGACCAUUGUGUGCGUUUCCUGGAUCCGAAAAUAGACGCGGAGAUAAGGACUGAUAAAAUGACUGAAGAACCUUCCCCUCCGGAGCUCUCAAGUAGUGAACACCGGGUGCGUUUCCUGGAUCCCAAAAGAGACGAGGAGCCAACGAUAGGCAAAACUAGUAAAGAGUCUUUGUGCAGCUGUCGACGUCGUUGCGAAGAGCAUCCGGAUAAUACCGAAAUCAGGGAGGAUCCCAAGCCGGAAUCUCUGGUAGUUAAAGCAAAACGCGCAGAGCGACAACCAGCUGGAGAACAGCGAAGCCAACUGCUAAGGAGGUGAAUAAGGCACGCACUUUUGAGCUCGUUAAGAUGUUCCUGAGCCAACAGAACGAAGAGCAAAAGAAACGCGAGGAAGAAAAGCGCCGGCGUCAACAACAGCGCCAAUUGUCCAGUCGAAUUUGUGUAAACCGAGU